AUGACCUACCUUUCAGUUCAGUUAAUUCAAAAAGACACUGAUUUACCGAAAGCAACUGACAAAAAGAGUCCGGUGCUGCCAAAUAUAAAGACUUGGCUGAAAUCGGAGGUUCUCUACGACUAUAAUCUGUUUAGCGUGUAUCAAGUUGACGACUUGAGAUUAUUAAGAGUGCAGCAUGCUCAUCAUAUGCAUAAUCAAGGGUUCUGA